AUGAGGGAUAAUCAAAAGAAUUAUAAAGAGAAUCUUGAUGGUAUGGUGUGGUUUGUUCUCACUAGGGUCUUGAUGUGUCUUCGUGAGGACAGGUUGAUUGAUUCGACAGUGAAACUUUUCCAUAAGCUUCUCUUUUUCUUUUCCAUCUUCGUCUUUGUCAUGAUGGUGGUUGACGGUGCAAUGCCAAAGUCUUUGGAAUAUGAAAUUUUUGAGCUCGAUACAAAUCACUCGGAUAAAAGCAUAUACACAUAUUUAUCGGCGUAUGGUUCGGUAUGGAUCUUGAAUCAAGUAGCAACCAGAAGUGUUCGCAGAUGUACCUUACAUUCUUUCCUAUGGUGCUUGAGGAAAUGUAUUUACUCUCAAAUACAAAACUCUUUUAGUCCGGUAAACUUUUCAGCGUCGACAGAGCACCCGAGUCCUUGGGUCAUUCUCCCAGAUACUUUCAGUAUUAGUUCGCCCUCAGUGCUUCCAUCGGGGAUGCGAUUGUGA